AUGCUGGUGUGGAGAGGAGCCUGUGAUUGCAAGGUGUUUGGGCUGAUUGCACUUGCUGGGCUUCUUGCUGUGAUAAUAAUUCACCUUGAAAACCCCUCUAUUGCAAUCGUUUCAAGCGUCGAAGACAUACUUCUCAGCAGGGACUUCCACAACAAUGAUGACUGGAGCACUGCGAAAGAAAGAAGGGCCCAGAUGGGCAGCCGCCUGGACUGUAACGAUUCGUGCACGUUUCAGCUUGUGGAAAGCCUUCCAUGGGACAUGCCGUUUCAGCCAAACAGCAGUACUGUAAAACCUCUCUACCAAGCAUGGAUGGAGCUCUUAACUAUGGCCCGGGAAAGUGUGCACAUGGCAUCUUACUAUUGGACUCUGACAGGAGAAGAUCUGGGUGUAAAUGACACAUCGUCCAAACAGGGUGAAGAUGUUUUCAAGAAAUUUGAAAGUCUGCUUUUGAAGAAUGUCUCCAUGUUUAUCGUAACAAAUGUGCCACCUAAGGUUCAACACUCAACUGAUCUUGAGAUCCUGGAGGAAAAAGGAGCUCAUGUAAAAAGGAUUAAUUUUGGGCAGCUGACCCAUGGUGUCCUGCAUACCAAAUUCUGGAUUGUAGACAGGAAACACAUCUUUCUUGGAAGUGCCAAUGUAGACUGGAGGGCCCUGACUCAGGUGAAAGAACUUGGCGUUUUGAUCACAAAUUGCAGCUGCUUAGGCAAUGACCUCUGGAAAACUUUCAAAACAUACUGGGAUCUUGGAGAACACAAUGCCACAAUCCCAUCUCCAUGGCCAAAUAAUUAUUCUACCAAUAUUAACAGGCACAGACCAUUAGAAGUGCAGUUCAAUGGAACCUCCACCAAGACAUAUUUUUCUGCUUCUCCUUUUUCAUUUUGCCCAGAAGGCCGCACCUUUGAUCUUAUGGCAAUUCUUGAUGUUAUCUAUGAUGCAGAAGAAUUUGUGUAUGUCUCUCUUAUGGCAUAUUUCCCAACAACUCACUUCAGUCACCCACAAAGAUACUGGCCACCUAUUGACAAUGCUCUGAGAAGUGUGGCGUUCAGCCAUAAAAUACACCUACGGCUUUUGAUCAACUGUUGGAUCCAUACAGAUCCUUCCAUGUUUCAUUACCUGAAGUCACUGAGUGUUCUCAAUGAUCCACACUCCAACAUCACAAUAGAAGUGAAAAUCUUCAUUGUUCCAGUUGGGAAUCACACAAACAUUCCUUUUGCAAGGCUGAAUCACAACAAAUACAUGGUGACUGACAAGACAGCUUAUAUCGGGACUUCUAACUGGGCUGAAGAAUACUUCAGUAUCACUGCAGGUGUGGGACUGAUUGCCGCACAGUCUUCAACAGAUACUCAAAAGAGGAAUUCAUUAAUACAGGAACAACUGAGGUCUCUUUUUGAACGAGAUUGGAAUUCCAAAUACUCAGUAAAUAUGGAGGAACUGCCUGGGCAGAAGGACUGUGCUUGGCAACAUGGCUUUACAACUUUGAAAGAAUACUGA